AGGGCCUCUCUCUUAUUCUAUUAAAAAGAACAUGAUUUUUGAAUUGUAAGCAAACAAUAUAAUAUUUAAUAAGGAGAUAUAAUUAAAAUUACAAUAUUAAGCGAUAGUUUUUACGUCGAAAUUUUUAUGCAGGGCAAAUUCAGAUUGAAGCUGACAAAUCCAAUUUCUUUAAAGAGAUCGUUAAAAUUCAACGCAGCGAGACGAGAAUCGCCAGCAAUUAUAUUUUUAUACAGCACAUAAUUACGCUGCGUCCAAAAAUCACAUUGUUCACGUUUUUGGAUUAAUGCACCAUCUAACGAGGCAAUCUGGUAGUACUCCAAUUGAUAGCUCGAGAAUCCACCAGAUGACUCUCCGUGUUCUAAAACGGAUUUUCUCUUUAUUUAAUAUUGACGAAAUCUCAUUAAAAACUGCUGUAAUUGCACAAAAUAAUCUCGGUUUAAAAGAAAUACGAUUUUAAUGAAUAAUAAAAUUUUCAUUUUCUCUAGGUUUACGUUUUUCGCACACUGCUGUAGUUAUAAUCUGCGUGCACGGUCUUUCUGCGUGUAAAAAGAGAAUCAUCGUGCGCGUGUUUUCGACGCAGCUUCGAAAAAUAUUCAUUGUUAUUAUUUUAUUCCGCUCCGAUUGUACAAAGUGAAACAUUCGCCAGUGAAAACGAUAUUGGAAAGGGAAAAAAGGAAUGUGACCUUUCGAGUGGAAAGAAAGAAGGAGAGAUAUGGAGGGAGAGAGAGAAAAGGAAAGAAAGAUACGUUCGCACGUAUAGCAAGGACAGUUACUAAACUCGUCAAAGGAGUAACUUUAUUUUUCUAAACCGAACGAAUUUAUAUUCUUUUGUAAAUCAUCCUGCGCAAUCGCAAUUGUCGUUGACUCGUUGCUUAAAAUUUACUUGUCAUUAGUCUUUGAUAUGUCGGAAUCGGUACUCGUGCAAGCACACUCGCUUGACGAAUGCGUGCAAUAUGGCGGCCGGCGAUGGUCGUUUUCGCGCCUUUUCUCAGCUGACGGGCGCACGAAUGUCAACAAAACACGAAAAUAUCGCGAAUAACGCGGAUUGGUAAACGCUGUAGCCGUGAGCGCCGAGCGGCGCAAAACACCGAGAUGAUAAUGGAACAGCAAGCAAAACGAAUCAGGUUCACUAAGGAAUCGGCUGUCACUGAUAUCGCGUCUUCUAUCGAUGACAUAGCGAACUCCGUGAAAUCUGUCAGCGUGACUUACAGCGAUAUCCUGAGAAUAAACACGGCUGUCGUUACAUAUCUACGGAACGCUGAGCAACGCGAAAAGCCGAUAAACCAAAGCACCGAGGACAUAGAACGUUCGCUCGUCAGGGAGAAACGAUAGGUAGCAAUUAUUUUUUUAGAGCGAAAAUGGCCGACGCAAAAGUGACCAACGAACGUGCUCAAGCAAUCUCGGUUGCAAAUUCUUAUUUUGCGUUGGCCGAUGGAAUGGUUCCCGGUUUUAAGGACCAUCUCGCAGAGCACGUGGUACUCAAAUGGUUCGGGCAGGUGAUUAAAGGGAAAAAGAACGUAGCUGCCUUUAUGCUGUCCAAUAAAAAAGAGUCUUUUCACACGUUUUCUGAUAUUAUGCCAAUUUUGGAUAUUUCUUGCAAAAGGACAAAUUGGAAGACAAAACAGUCCUUGGAUAAGAACGCUAACUGCACGAGCGAUUAUUUACACGAAGCUCAUUCUUCACACGAGACUGAAAUGUCAACGACCCAUGAAAAUGUAGAAAAUUGUUAUCAGAAAAAUAAAGCGACCUAUGCAGCUUUCAUAUAUAAAGCAGCUUAUAAUGAAAACGAACUUUGCAUCGAAAAAUGUAUAGAUAAACUGGGAAUAUCGACAGAUUGUGACAACGUGAAUGUCAAUUUCGACGUGAAUCAAAAUGAAUUUAGUGCGAAUGCAAUCGCUGAGAUGGGUGACCAGUGUUAUGGUCUUAACGAGAAUGAUCUUCAUAAUCUUUUCGAGCCCGAGAUUACGUCUCAGCCUAUCGUCGGGAAGAUACAGAACAUUAAUAGGAUAAAAUUGAAAGAGGAAAUGGCACCAACCGUCAGAGCCAUCAACAGAGAGUGCGGUCAAGGAGAUGGACCUGUUACUGCUGAAGCUAAAACGACUAAGUACCUGGAAGCGAAUGGAGAAAUAAAAUUUGUACGAAUUAGUGCAGAAACAGAUUCUCCGUCCUUAUAUCAUUGGUCAAAACUCUGGAAAAAGAAAGUUUGGAAACGACCAUGCAAGCUACAGAUCGUAUAUUCGCUUUUAAUCGAUAACGCUUCGCCGACAGUUGCUACAAAAUGCUGCGGUGCACGGGAAACUGCUCGUUCUGAUCACGUUUCGAACCUUUCGGCUAAGGUAUACCACAAUACAGAUAAAAUACAAACAAGCAAAUUGCCAAGUUUGGAAGAGGCAAUCCAAGCUAGCAACGCAUUAAUACGGGACGUGAAUCAUUUCGGUGGUUAUCUACAGCCUUUAAACUUCUCAGAGGAUCGCAAAAAUUUUUUAAAAUCUUUCGAGGCCGAAAUAGCGCAAAAAAAUCCCGAUGUGCACGUUUGCGCACAUUACGUGAACAAUAAAUUGAUUUUCGACUUUCCAAGUAAAAGAUCAUUUAAUGUCAUGUAUAAAAUCCACAAGAUCAUUUAUAUGGAUGUCGAAGAAAAUGUCUAAUACACAAGAAACAGCAGGCAUGUAAAAUAAAAUUAUCGCACAUACGUUUGCGGCCGAUGAGCAGUUGCAUGUGUUUAGUCUUGGUUAGAUAAUAUUGUCAGCUGAAUCAAUUGGUCGGAUACGCCUCGGCGAAUUUUCAUUCGUAACAACAAAAGGCUGUUUCCUGUGUUAGUCGAGAAACCAUUUAACUUUUGCAAGGUUAAAAAAAACAUUCUAAAUCUGUAAGAAUUUGUAACGAUAGUUUUUUGAAGCUGCAUAAUAUUUAAUCCACAUGCACUGCACCGAAAAUAUCAAAAUACAGUUCACAUUAUGGGAUGAUCUCAGUUCACAUUGAUAACUAUGCGUUUGUAUGAACAACGGAACAAUCAAAAGACAUACCGCGCCACGGUUUAAUUUAGCUUAGGUAAUAAAAGACCUUAUCGUGAUAAUACUUGCACACAUCUCCAUAAACUAUUAAUUUUCCUACGAUAACCGUAAUAUAUAAUUGUAAUGCAUUUGAUUGUAGCUGUAUUUAAGAAAUUUAUUAUGUGAUUAUGCGACAUUGGAACGUGAUUGAUAUAUCAAUAUAUUUCCAAAUGUUUGUUUUGGCGACGUAUUUUCUAGUUUUUGAUAAUUAUUUAUGAUAUAAUAAUAAGUUUUUAUUUAUAUUUCUAUUUAAUAAAGUGGAAUUUGCAACGAGUAAGCUUGAUUUGCUCCUUCUUCCAUGACAAGUUUUCCUUAAGAUUAUCAUUUGCCAUUGCAUUAUUUGCAUUUGCACUUAGCACGUAAUAAAGAUAACG